GAAAUAUUGGCCAGCUGCCGGUAACGGGAUUUGCUUCGGCUCGCGGGCUGCAUGGCCGAUGCAUUUGCUAGUGCGGCACGGCACAAAGUUAAUGGUGCUAUCAUAGAAGGCUGGGCUCGGUUAGGCUUGGCGGGCAUGAGGGUCACUCGCAAUUGAGGGGUAUGGAAAAUUUUCGGGAUAGGGAGCGGGCUUCUUGCUUCUUGUGUGAGUGGUUCAGAGAUUGUUUGACGGUGAGUGUUUUUCUUGUACGAGUAGUAUGUCCGGGGGGGUGGCCAUCUGUUUGCUGGUCUCAGUGCGGUGCAGUGGGCGUACUGGUGGCUCGGGUGGGGACAAUGAAAGAAUGCACAAAAGAGCAGCUCUUUUCCCCUUUUUACCCUUCUGGAUUUUUGACUAAUACACCAAAGAGAAUGGCGGGAAAAAACAUAUCGAUAACGCUACCUUGUCCUCUCACCCACACCGGUGCCGAUACUUCCACCCAUCCUUCUGCUCCCGAGCUCAUCCAGCCUUGUAACACUCUCCCCAGCUCCCGGCUCAUCCUCAUACUUUCCAAACCUCCUCUGAACCGCAUGCCAAGCCCUCAGCUUCCGCAGCGCCCUCCGUUGGGUACAACAAGCCCAAAUGAUAAACACCGAAUAUGUGCACCUUUCCCACUCUCGUUAACAAAAGCGGAUAGACAAAUGAGAAGAUUCAAAAAGACUCACAAUGCAAGCCCAGAGAACAGCAACGUCAUCUUCGGAUUCUGGCACCACAGAAACCUGCUCCGGAAUCUGUGCGGACACAUUUUAUCGAUAAUUCUCCUCAGUUUUCCUAGGGCAACAGUCUGGUAGAAGCACACUGUCAACCAGAAGAAUGCCAGGAGAGUAUUUACGAAGAUUGUCAUUAGCGGGUUUAGUCGUGAGGUCAGGUAUAGGUAGACUUGCACGAAGGAGGUGGCUAGGGAUGUAGUACUACAGAGGAUGUUGAUGAUUAAACGACUUUACUUAACGUUAGCGGAAUCUAGGAUAACAAAGAGCGGGGUGGGGGAGAGACUUGGAAGGUCGGUUAUGGAAGGUAUCCCGAAUAUAGGAAAUAUCAUAUGCGCUGAUUCCUAGCACGCAGAGGACGCACAAGACUUGUAUGGUCCAGAGCCAGAUUGUGGGGAGGGGGCGCCAGCGAGAGUCGGGGGUCAUUAUCGGCGAGAGGACUGAUAUUUUGCUCAAGCUACUUGAGGUGGAGGAGUAGAGAGGAAAUGGGGAUUUGUUUUAGAGCUUCGAGAGAACUGUGAGAACUAUUGACAUGGCUUGGCGAGAGUGGGAGGAUGUUUUUCUUUGUUCUUGUUUGGCGGAUUCAUUCCGGUGAUAUCUCAAUGGGAGAUUCCGGCUGACUAAGGUAAUCGAGGACCGUUACUAUAUAUAUAUACAUACCCCUACUCGGUUAUUGACAAAGCGGGUUAGCCGGUAGGAUAGCAGUUUACUACGAGUAUAUCACGAUGUUAGCUUACGAUGUAAGA